AGAUGCUUGAGGGCGUGUCCUAUUUACACUCAAAAAGAACAUUUCAUGGGGACAUAAAAAGUAAAUAUGUUGUGUACAUUGUAUUCAUGGCUCUAUUUAAGCCCUCCUCUCUUUAAGAACAACUGACUUAUCAACUGCUGUAAUUUGUGACAUAUGUAAAUCAAUAAUUCUUCUGAAAUUGAUUUUCACCUUUUUAAAUGGAUCAUAUGUGAAAAUGAUCUUUCAUGCGAAGAGAAUUUUAAGUUUAGAUGAACUGAGAUCAUGUUACUAGAUUGGACCACAUAAAAUCUGGACAUGCUUUCAGUGGUCAGCUGCUCUGUCAAUACCAGGAGUUUAAAUAUCUGAGAAGCAUUUUUCGCAGAGGAUGAUAAAAUUGUUUGAGAGAUAACAACAAGAGUCCAGAGGGCAGAUGCAGUCAGUUACCAAAUAACCCUUCUACUAAGACACUCAAGAGUAUAAAUUGAGACUUAAGCCGAGCUAUUUAACAUUGUCUUAAUUUAAACCCUUAGUUACCAGUAUCAGGCCCUAGCUCUGAAUAAAGCAUUGAGAGAAAAUUCUUGACCUGUGAAUUGAGAUGUUCAAGGCGAGCAGCUGGUAAAACGAAAAGCAUUUAAAUGGGUUGGCCACCACGUGAGAACUCCUGUCAACCAACCUGAGUAUCAAGCUUACAAUAGCAGGCACUACGGUGUCAUGGGCAGUGGAACAAGAUGCAGUCGGUGGAUUGACUGUGUUAUGGUAAACCUAAACCAGUGUUUCCAAAAGUGAUGUUCACUGAUCGGCACCUAUUUUUCAGUUUUUACGUUAAAAGUUAACUUUAAAUUUCUUUUUGAACGCAUUAUUUUGUUUUACUAUAUAGUGUAGAGCGUUCAAAAAGAAAUUUGACAAAAGAUUUUAACGUGUGAACUGAAAAAAAGAUUCAACCAAAUUUCCAUUUGAUCAAUUUACCGUCAACGAAAUUUCUUUCGAUCAAAUUAACGGUAACCAAGUUAAGCAAAGUGAAACCUCCAUCCGUAACUUAUGAACCGCAAUCGGCAGGCAUAUGGUGAUAGUCAAUACAGCCCUCUUGCAUUGGUCUAUUUACAAUCGGUAAGCAAAUGGUCAUAGUAACUACAGCCCUCUCGCAUUGGCUUAUACAAAUAUUGUAGAAAAAAUAUUUUGGCACAAAUAAAAAGAUACCGUUAAAAAUAAUUGAUUCACAGGUUCGUGAUGCUCGUCAAAUUAAAACCCAGUGGAUAAAUCACCACCAGGCCUCACUUUUUGCGGCUAAUCGCCAAAUGUACCUUCUCGGGACGCUUCCCCACUAACAGAGGACAGAAGAAGAAGAUUAUCUAAAAUAUACCAUACUUACUUUUUUUUAACAUCUGUCAUGUUAUUUUUGCUAAAAUUACUUAAUACUUCCCUUUCAUUUCUGAUUUGUACUAUCAUUAGAUUUUCUCCGUUUUUUAUUGGUUAUUUCUAAUAAGACAUAUUUCUUUUUGAAAACCAACAUACUCCACUUUUAAUACCAGUAACUGUUUAAAAAAGGAUAUUGUUUUUAUAAAUAAAUUUUGCAGUUUUAAAUAUUAAAUUUUUGCUUGAGAUUGCAAUAUUCUUUUAAAAUGUUACAAAUACAAAAUCAGGUGCCAAUAUCUUGAUGGAUGAACAUUUGCAAAUCAAACUUGUUGACUUUGGUUUGUAUAAAGUUUUUCAACAAUUUUGGCCAGCGGAUGUGCCACUAGGGACAAUACGAUGGAUGGCUCCUGAGAUGUUUUACCCUUCCAAUGAUUACAGCUACGAAGUUGACAUAUGGUAUUCUUUAAUUACUUUUUUUUUAUUACGGUACUUCUACGUAUUGGCUAAAUCAGUUUGAUGCAUAGACAAAACAAAACAAAAAAACUAACAGAAAAUGCUAGCAUAAAUUUGUUAACAUAUCUUUUUAUUCUUGAGUUUUUUAAACUUAUUUUUAAAAGUAAUUUAAUAUUAAUAUUGUUGACUUAUUUAUUUCUAUAAUUGCAUGUUUACAUCACAGGGGAAUAGGCUGCACUGUUGUUGAAAUGGUAACCAGGAAACACCCAUUCCAUAAUUUGAAAGAAUAUCCUCACGUAUUUUUUAAAUUGAUGAGCCCUGAUCCAUCACCAGCCUACGAUCUACCAGCAGCUUGCCCACCAAAUCUAAGGGAUUUUUUAAAUGAAGUAUUUCAAAAAGAUAGAUCAAAAAGACCCAGUGUGAGAGAUGUUUUGCUCGGUAACCCAUUCGUU